CAUUAUCUAAUAAUGAUAGUUCAUUUACAUUUCUAUUUUCAAAUUAGUCUUUCGAUUUGCCCUGUGAUUUUUGGAAUAUCUGAUUGAUCUGACUCUCUUCGCAAUCCAGUGUCUUUCGAUUUGCUCUGUGAUUUUUGGGAAUCUCUGAUUGAUCUGACUCUCUUCGCAAUCCAGUGACUUUCUCUCUCUCUAGCUCUCGUUCUCUCGCUUUCGUCGGCUUCAAUCACCUCAAUUUUCUAGUUGCCUGUAAAGCUAUGGUGAAGGAGACUGAGUAUUACGACAUAUUAGGAGUCACUGUGAACGCAACUCCAGCUGAGAUUAAGAAGGCUUACUACCUCAAGGCAAGGUCAGUUCAUCCAGAUAAAAAUCCUGGUGAUCCAAAAGCUGCCCACAAUUUUCAGGUCCUUGGGGAGGCUUAUCAAGUUCUAGGUGAUCCUGGGAAGCGUGAAGCAUAUGACAAAUAUGGAAAGGAUGGAAUACCACAGGACUCAAUGGUGGAUCCUUCGGCUGUAUUUGGAAUGCUUUUUGGGAGUGAAUUCUUUGAGGAUUAUGUUGGGCAACUUGCACUAGCUUCCAUGGCAACUGUUGAGAUUGAGGAAGACUCGCAGGUUCCUCCUGAAGUCCGGAAGCAAAAAGUUCAGGAGAAGUUGAAGGCAUUGCAGAAGGAAAGGGAAGAAAAGCUAAUUACAUUUCUGAAAAAUCGACUUGAACCAUUUGUUGAAGGUCAAACCAAGGAGUUCGUGGAUUGGGCAAAAUCAGAAGCUCAUCAGCUUUCACAAGCUGCAUUUGGUGAAGCUAUGCUACAUACUAUUGGUUACAUUUACACAAGGCAAGCUUCAAGAGAACUUGGGAAGGACAAACGGUAUAUGAAGGUGCCAUUUUUAGCAGAAUGGGUCCGAGACAAAGGACACCAGAUAAAAUCGCAAGUUAUGGCAGCUUCAGGUGCUGUGUCUUUAAUUCAAAUACAGGAGGAGCUGAAGAAGGUGAACCAAGGAGAAAACAAAGAAGAAAACUUAAUGAAAGCCAUGGAAGAUAAGAAAGACAUAAUGCUUAAUUCGCUUUGGCAAAUCAAUGUGGUUGAUAUUGAGUCGACUUUAUCACGUGUGUGUCAAGCAGUGCUUAAAGACCCUAGUGUUUCAAAGGAUGUUCUCAAGCUACGGGCCAAAGGGAUGAAAAAGCUUGGGACCAUUUUCCAAGGUAUCAAGUCCAUUUAUAAAAGAGAGAACAGUUUACGCCAUGAAACUGCCAACAUGGUGGAUGCUGAUACGUCGUCCAAGAAAUGCUGAUCUAAUACCUCCUUCAAGUUCCUUGCUGUAUGCUGUGUGUGUAUUAGUAGUUGUUUGUCUCGCUUUAAUUGCUUCAUGCUCAUUUCUUGAACCUGGAACAAUGCAUGAACUAUUGAUUGAUUGUGUAUUUUGUCGUGUUUGCCCCUUUAACGUGGUUCAUCCUCAACCAAGUGGUUCACAACUAGUGUAGCCUUGUAAUACUAGUAAAUUGUUCGAUCAAGUAUUGACUGGGAAACCUAUCUUUGUUCAUUUCGGUCUUUAA